UGCACUUCGAGUUUGUGUUUCCUGCUUUCGCGGCGCGAAAGUGCGGCCCCGCGGCCAGCUCUGCAGUGGCCAUGGCGGGGUCUCCGUGCGGCGGCGGCAGCAGCAGGCGCGGCAAGUCCUACUGGAUGUGCAGCUGCGGAGGAUGGAACUGGGACUGGCGCGCCUCGUGCCUUGGCUGUGGGUAUGCGGCUCCGCCCUGGGCGUUGGGAAGGUCACCCGCCAAGGCGAUGCCCAAGGCAGACAAGGACGGAUGGGUGGAUCAGCCACGGGGGCGCCGUGCCCAGAAGCAGGCCCGCAGUGCGGCCUCGCGCGGAGCAUCCGCCAAGUCGCAGACCUCGGCGUCGGCAGCGAGUGGGGCGCCCAGCGGUGGAGGCGCCACGGCGAUCGAGAGGCUCCAGGCGGCCGUCGAGCAGCUCGAGGCGCUGCGCGCCGAGCCGCCUGACGGCGUGGACGGCUGCUUCACCGACGUCGUGGCCAGCCAGCUGGAGGCGAAGCGCGCCGAGCUGGUCAGGGCCCAGGAGGCGGCAGCAGAGCAAAAGGCCUCGUCCCUGCCACGGGCAGCGCAGCUCCACAGGGAGGCGAACGCCAUCAGCAAGGGUGAGAAGCGGCUCCGCGCAGCCCGCCAGGAGCUCGAGCAGAAGCAGGCGGCGCGUAGCCUCGUCGAGGCCCAGCUCCAGAAGGCCCAGGAGGAGCUCGCGGAGCUCGACGCGGAGGUUGAGGAGGCGAGCCGUGCGCUCCAGGUGCUCGAGGAGGCGGCCCGCGAAGAGGCCGAGGCGCUGCGCCGCCAGCGUGCUGCCGAGUGGGCAGGAGCCAGCCAGGUGCCGGGGCUCCUCAUGCAGCUGGAGAAGUUGCCCGAGGCCUGGGGCUCCAGCAACUUCGAGGUGGCCUGGGCAGCCAUCCGCGCCCAUGUGGAGGCAGUGCGGGCGCAGCUCGAGGGAGCCCCUGUGGCCCCCAAGCGUGCGCCGUGGGCUGAGUCCUGCCCCAUGGACGAGAUCAGCAGCGACGAUGGCGAUCUCGCAGGUAGCGGCAGCUCCUGGCAGCCACAGCCAGCAGCUGAGCGAGGCCAAGCCGAGCGUCAGACCAGGGCAGCGGGCCUGCACCAGCAAGUGUGCGGCCACGUCGAGGGCGCCCUGGUGGAGUCCCACGGCAUCGACGUCAGCGACCCGCCCAGGUACUUCGGGCACGCCGCAGGGCCCAGCAUUGUCCUCAUGCCCCAGGGCGCGGAGGAGUACGAGGUCGGGGCCCACGUGUUCGGCACUAGCGAGUGGAGCGAACCCAUUGGCCAAUCAGGCGAACCUGGGCAUCCCGAGGCAAUGGCAAUGGGAGCGGACCUGCAUCAGCCAGCCGAGCUGCCACUCGGGGUAAGCGCUCGGGGGCUGGAGGCGGCAGCAGCCAGGCACGCCAGGGCCACCGCGGCGGUGCGCUGCGCCUCGCCCGCCGACGCGGUGGUGCGGUCCCUGGAGCGGUUCGGCUGGCACUCCCAGUCGGAGCGGAGCAUGGUCGUGGACCUCGGCGACGCGUUCGAUCCCAUGUCCCUCGGGCCGCAGGCGAUGAGCUGUGCGGCAAGCUCGGUUGCUCUGCAGGCCCCCGACCGCCACGAGAGGCAGAAGCUCAGCUGCGACCACCUCUUGCUGCGGCUGUUGUUCGGGGACGCCAUCGGACAACUGCUCGAGCCAGGAGUCGAGCUGUGCGUGAAGGGGCAGCACGCGCGAGGGGCCUACAUCUCCAACGCACACUGGACGAUGAGGGUCUGGAGGCUUCGGCCGCCAGGCGAUGGCAGGCUCAACGGCAAGCUGUACCUCGACGGCUCGGCCAAGAGAAGCGAAGGGCUCCCUCCUGCUGGCGAGCGCCGCCAGGUGCUGGCCGCUGCAGCUGCGGAGCCUCCCCUGGCUGGAGAGGCCCUCGGCGGCGGCGCUCCUGCCAGGCGGCCGCGCCUCGAGAGCAGCAGCUCGACGGGGGGCAGUGCGGCAACCCUCUCGGCUACCGCUGUCGCCUUCAGCAUCCUGGGGCACGUGCUCAGCUACGCCUGCGCGGGCGCAGGCGAGGGCACCCCGGAGAUCGUGGCCUGCUCCAAGUGCGGCGCCUACAAGGUACUGAGCAGCCGCGCGGGAGGCAAGCCUCGCCUGAAGGUGCAGUGCCCAGGGCCCAGCUACCGGACAAACAAGUCAGGCAGGAAUCAGCGCAGCCUGUGGGAGCGAGGGCUUCAUCCUGGAGGCAGGCCGCGAGCGGACAAGCAGAGAGUGAAGGGAGAGGGCAUCCCUACCUUGCGCUCGCAAGGGCCAGUGUCAGGGCACGCCCAGGAGCGCUACCUGGAAUGGCUCGGCACGGAAGCGGAGCCUGCAGGCGAUGCCUCAGCUGCGGCCAGCAGCUCUGGCAGCGGCCCAGCGGCCCCUGCGGCGGCGCUGGCGGAGGAGGCUGCGGCGGCCAGCUUGCCCCAGCGGCGCCCAGGCCCGACGAGCGCUGGGCCCCUCGACGCGAACGAAGCCUCCGAGGAUGCGAACGCUGCCGCGGGCGCAGCGGCGAGCGACGGCCAGAUGAGCCGCAGGGCGCGACCUGUCGGCCCGCGCGCCUGGGGCCAUGGCGCGCUCCUCGCGUGGCGGCAGCAGUGGCAAGCGCAGCAGGCCGUUCUGGAUGUGCAGCUGCGGAGGCCCCUUGCCUCGCGAGCGGCAUCCGCCAAGUCGCAGACCUCGGCUUCUGCGGCCAGUGGGGCGCCGAGCGGCGGCGGAGUUGCGGCUAUCGAGAGGCGGCAGGCGACGGUGGAGCAGCUGGAGGCGCUGCAGGCUGGGCCGUCCGAGGGCGUGGACGGCAGCUUCACCGGCGUCGUGGCCAGCCAGCUGGAGUCGAAGCGGGCAGAGCUGGCCAGGGCCCAGCAGGCAGCAGCGGAGCAGAAGGCCGCCACCACGCCGCGGUCGACGCUGCUGCACAAGGAGGCCAACGCCAUCAGCAAGGCGGAGAAGCGGCUCCGCGCAGCCCGCCAGGACCUGGAGCAGAAGCAGGUGGCGCGCGACCUCGCGGAGGCCCAGCUCCAGAAGGCCCAGGAGGAGCUCGCUGAGCGGGGCGGCGCGCUGGAGGAGGCCAGCAGGGCGCUCCAGGUCCUCGAGGAAGCCGCCCGCGAGGAGGCGGAGGCGCGGCGGCGCCAGCGGGCCGCUGAGUGGGCAGGAGCCAGCCAGGUGCCGGGGCUCCUCACGCAGCUGGACACGCUGCCAGAGGCCUGGGCCUCCAGCAUCUUCGAGGUCGCAUGGGCAGCCAUCCGCGCCCAGAUGGAGGCGGUGCGAGCGCAGCUCGCUGGGCCCCCCCUGGCCCCCAAGCGUGCGCCGUGGGCAGAGUCCUGCCCCAUGGACGAGAUCAGCAGCGACGACGGCAACCUCGCAGGCAGUAGCAGCCCCCGGCAGUUUCAGGCCGCAGCGGAGCGCGGCCAAGCUGAGCGGUAUGGCAACGCGCUUGGCGGGUGGCCGCAGGUGGCGCAGGCCUGCAAGCGGGAGCUGGCAGCCGAGGCCAGCGCUGCGGGGCCACGCCAGCUUGGCGGCAGCAGCGCCGAGGUGGCCCGCCUAGGCAGCAAGCGGCCCAACGCCCUCGGGGAAGCGCCCGCCCCACCGGCACCAGGGCGGACAUCGGCGGCGGCGCGGGGCGCCAGAGGAGGGCUGGAGGCGCUCGAGGCCCCGCCCACAGGGGUGACGGGACGACCCUUGGGGCGGAUCGUCUGGCACUUCAAGUCGGAGCAGUACUGGGUCGCGGAGCACGGCGACGAGUUCGAUCCCAUGGCCCUCGAGCCUCGGGCGCAGGACCUGGGGGUGGGCCUGGCUGCUCGGCAGGCAUGGGACCUGGACCUCCACCGACACUCGGCCCUCACCCACGCCAUGCGCCAGGCCCUCGAUGUAGCGCUGCAGAGGCUCACAGCUGACAGGACGCGGUGCUGGCAGCCCUCGCACGAGGCUUGGUCUGUUCGGCAGGUGGCGCUUAUCCUGGCCGAUGUGGAGGCAGCCACCGCAGCGGCCUGUGAGGAGGACGAGGUCGGGGCCCUCGAGUUCGGCACUAGCGAGUGGAGCGACCCCAUUGGCCAAGCAGGCGUACUUGGGCAUCCCGAGGCGACGGCAGUGAUGGCGGACCUGCUGCAGUCAGCCGAGCUGCCGCUCAGGGGGCGCUGUGCCUCGCCCGCCGACGCGGCGGUGCGGACCCUGGUGCGGUUCGGCUGGUACCUCGAGUUGGAGCGGUGCAAGGUCGUGGACCUCGGUGACGAGUUCGAUCCCAUGUUCCUCGGGCCUCGGGCGCUGAGCAUGGAGGUACAUAUCGAGCUGUGCGGGAGGGAGCAGCACGUGCGUGGUGCCCACUUCUCCAAAACGCAUUGGACGAUGCGUAUCUGCAGGAUUCGCAAGCCAGUUGACGGCAGGCUCAACGGCAAGCUGUACCUCGAUGGCUCGGCUAAGGAUAGCGAAGGGCCCCCUCCUGCAGGCGAGCAACGCCAGGCGCAGGCCGCUACGGCCGAGGAGCCUCCGUUGGCUGGAGCGGCCCUCGGCGUCGGCGCUCCCGCCAAGCGGCCACGCCUGCAGAGAAGCCGCUCGACGGGGAGCAGCACGACCGCCAUCUCGGCCACUGCUGUUGCCUUCAGCAUCCUGGGGCACGCGCUCUGCCACGCCUGCGCGGGCGAAGGCGAGGGCGCCCAGGAGAUCGUGGCCUGCUCCAGGUGCGGGGCCUACAAGGUGCCGUGCAGCCACGCAGGGGCCAAGCCUCGCCUGAAGGAACGGUGCCCAGGCGAUAAGACCAGCAAAUCAGGCAGGAACCGGCGCAGCCUGUGGGAGCGAGGGCUCCAUCCUGGAGACAGGCCACGAGCGGAUAAGCAGAGAGCGAAGGGAGAGGGCAUCCCCGCUCUGCGUUCGCAAGGGCCAGUGCCAGGACACGCCCAGGAGCGCUGUCUGGAGUGGCUCGGCAUCGAAGCGGAGUCUGCAGGUGGUGCCUCGGCCGCAGCCAGCAGCUCAGGCGGCGGCCCAGCUGCUCCCGCGGCAGUGCAGGCCGCGGAGGUGGCGGCUGCCAGCCUGCCCUUGCAGCAGCCAGCCUCGACGAGAGCUGAGCUCCUCGGCGUGCGCGGGACUGCCGAGGAGGGGUUCGCCGCCGCGAACAGCACGGCGAUCGGCGGCCAGGUGAGCCGCAGGGUCCGCCGCCGUCUGUGA